AUGAGUCAUCCAUCAGAAAGCAAAGGGAAAAUACGUUCACAGCCUCAUGCCUCAAAUCAUCAUUCUGAAAAAUUUAGACUUGGGGUCGAGGUAGAGUUUCUACUUAUUGCUUCUAACUCCAGAAUACCACCCAACCAAAUCAGCGAAUUUUCAAAAGAAGUCGCUUCGUCUUAUAAUGAUUACCUGGAUAGAACGGGUGACUGCCACCCAAGGAUGUAUAAUUCUAUCGAGGAAGACCACGAAGACCCGACAUUUUCUGAAUGGUCUCUAGGCAUCGACAAAAGCAUCAACACGAUGGGAGUACGCGCAUGCCCUUUAGAGAGUACAUCUCCUAUCUUUGGAAUUUAUGAAGGCUCAAAGUGGCGUGAAGAUAUUAACUUUCUAUGGGAAUUCUUGACGCAGAAUUAUCAAAUUCCCCAGAACGAUACGUGUGGAACACAUAUACACCUUUCCAGGGUUGAAGGCUAUAGCCUCCAAGAGCUAAAGAAAAUAGCCCAGAGUGUAAUACAUUUCGAAGCAGCUUGGGAAGCCCUUCUUCCAGAAGCGCGUCGAUGUAAUGAAUACGCGAAAAGCAACUGGGUAGACAACUAUAAGUUUGCGACGAAAGAUCUGACCCGUGAGGCAAGUUUGAGCCGUAUACAAGAGACUAGGGAUAUCAAUGAGCUAGUUCUUUUGAUGCAUCCUUAUAGAGAUAAGAGAUUUGGCUGGAAUUUUGUCAAUCUUUCCCCAGAGCCACAUUCGGAAGCCCCUUAUUCAACGAUCGAAUAUCGAAGAGGGCCUUCCAGUACGACGGCAAAAGAUGUUUUUGUGAGUAUAGAAAUCGCAAUGUCUUUUAUUGAAGCCGCAAUUCAGCAGCCAAAUAUGGAGGCUAUAGCAAAAACUCCCCAAACUGUGGGUGGUCUGAAGAUGUUUAUUCAGGCCGCACAUCUUCCAAAUAAACAUGGACUAUACGAUAGUGGGUAUCUCAAAGAGUUCUUCGCAAACACAAGAGACGAUGCAUUCGGUCUGAUAAAUCCUUAUGAGAUAAAAGAGAGGGCUAAGCAUGCAGAAGAGAUUAACAAGGAGCUCCAAUUUUAUCACGAAGAAGAACUAGAAUAG